AUGGCGAUUUCCUCAGUUUUCAAACUUACUCUCUUCCUUAUCAUCACCUCCACCGCAACCUCCUCCGGCGACACCAUAACCACCACCUGCACCGCCAUCCACCAACAAAUCUCCACCAUCUCCAAAUGCAAUUAUAUAAAAACAAACCCCGGGUGUGACCCAAACGGAUACAUCAAUUACCUACAAAUCUUCUACUGUAAUUUUUCACAGUUUCCUCAACUGGGUUUCAUUCUGCUACUUCUAUGGCUCGUUGUUCUGUUCUAUAUUUUAAGCAACACCGCGUCGGAAUACUUCUGCCCUGCAGUCGAACACUUGUCCAAAACGCUCAAUCUCUCCCCUGCAAUCGCCGGGACCACUUUGCUCCCACUAGGAAACGGGUCACCGGAUGUUUUCUCUAGCAUAAUCGCCUUCACCGGAACCAGCGAUGGCGGAGAGAUCGGUCUUAACAGCAUCUUAGGUGGGGGGAUUUUCGUUUCCACCGUUGUCGUCGGUGUUAUCAGCAUAUUAAUCACAUAUCAUCGGAAAGUCGUCAUCCUUGAUAGACCCAAUUUCAUCAGAGACGUUGUUUUUCUUCUACUCACACUCUCCAAUCUCCUUGCAAUCAUCAUCAUCGGAAAAAUCACCUUAUGGGCGUCACUUCUUUUCGUUUCCACUUACAUUAUUUACAUCUUACUCGUCUCUUACAUGCAUUUCAACACCAUGAAAAAACACAAAACAGUACUUAAUGCUGUUGAUAAAGAUCAGGACACACGAGUGCCAUUAUUGUGUUCUGUUGACGAAGAAAACGUUCUACAUACUACAGAAAGACAUGUACCCUGCGAAGAACAAGCUGUACCCAACAUGCAAAAAAGCUAUAUCGGCACAUUUUUCUAUGUAAUUAACGUGCCAUUUGACUUGCCCAGAAGGCUUACAAUACCAAUGAUAACAAAAGAGAGAUGGUCCAAACCACUUCUUGUGAUUUCAGCGACAUUAGCACCAUUAAUGGUGGCUCUAAUUUGGAACACACAAGAGGAAAUACUGGGCUCAAAUUCUAGCAUGGUGAUAUACUUUGUUGCAGGGUCAACUGGAAUAGUUUUAGGAACAUGUACAUUUGCAUUCACAAGUAGUAGAAACCCACCAGAAAAGUGUUUGGUUCUUUGGUAUGCACUAGGGUUCCUAAUUAGUGUCACCUGGACGUACAUAACUGCUGAUGAAUUAGUCUCUUUGUUAGAAUGCUUAGGGAACAUAAUAGGAAUAAGCCCUUCAGUUAUAGGACUCACUAUUCUAGCUUGGGGGAACUCCAUUGGUGAUCUUACAGCUAAUGUGGCUAUGGCUAUGUAUGGUGGAGCAGAUGGGACACAGAUUGCCAUGUCAGGGUGUUAUGCUGGACCUUUGUUUAAUGUUCUUAUUGGUUUAGGGUUAUCGUUUGUUCUUGUUACAAGGUCAAAUUAUCCUGCUUCAUAUCUCAUUCCAGAAGACCCUGAUCUGUGUGAAACUAUCGGGUUUCUGAUGAUUGGGUUGCUUUGGGCUCUUGCGAUUUUGCCAAAAAGAGAGAUGCGACUUGAUUAUACACUCGGAGGUGGACUCUUGGUGAUAUACUUGUGUUUUUUGUCCAUAAAGAUUGCUAGGGCUUUUGGAUUACUCAGUGUUUAA